UUUAUUGAUUUUCUUACCUGUGGUAAAAUGGCGGCUUAAAAAAAAAACGAGGAGCAUGAUCAUGAGCAAUUUUCUAUGAAGAAAAAGUGUAUAUUUUAUGCUGACCAAGGAGCAAUCAUAAAAACUAACGUGCAUGUAGAUCUACCUUAGAGGAACAUGUACACACUCUUAGCCAUUGUGAUCUGCUGUGUCUCGGGUCUGAAUGCAGAGCAAUGCUACACGAGUUCCGGUGGAGUCUACAGCGCCGGAAGUAUCUACCGAAAUCUGCAGUACUGUGCAUUUGGUUGUUGCGGACCUGGUCUAAACCGUUACUGCUGCCCUAUAAUUGGACCAGUCAUCGGUAUCUGUCUCGGAGCUCUUACUUUCAUAGUCAUUCUCAUCAUAAUAAUCGUCUGCUGCAGAAGAUAUGCCGAGAAACAAGCCAAGCGUCGAGCAGACCUGAAAUUACAUAUAGGACCGACGCUGGCCAGUCGCUAUGAUCCACCUCGCGAUGACGCUGAAUCCAACCACGUGACCAGCAAACAAGACUACCAAGUGAGAUCCCACUCAGAUCGACAUGCAUCUUCACAUCAUAUGUCGGAUGAACACUUAGAUGACUUAGAUUAUCGUCCAAAACGAAAACGAGGCGCAAAUUACCCUCGAUCUUACUCUCGUGAUGAUGCUCGACUUGUGAGCAAGAAGGACAGCUACAGAAAUGAAAAGAGGUCUUCACGGGCAAGGGACCCGCAUACCUACGAAAAUCGACGAGAAUACCACAGCGACGACGGUUUGCGACACGAUCAUCGCGAUAGUUAUCGUGGACGACAUCAGCAUCGCGAUGAUCGUGAGAGGGAGCGACGUCACAGUCGAUCACGUGAAAGAUACAUAGAUCGUAGUUACGACGGUGAUGAUUAUUCUGACGAGGAGAGGAACACCCGUUCCAGUCAUCGCAGAUCACGAUACAGUGACCCCCCACCAUAUCGCGAGAGGUCACGAGACUUUGAUAGAUAUGACCGACCUUCUCAACGUAAAUCAAGGUCAAGAGACCGAGACUAUUACGAUAGAUGAAAAUCACCAUAGAAUUCUACUAAAUCAAUAAUGAAGCUCUAACAUUUCUUUAUCGAUGUAUUGUUUAAUUUGAAAUGUUCAUGCAUAAUUCAAAACUAAUGAUAACGUUUUAUAUUCAUCAAGUUCCUGCAGUCGUGGUGCAGUGAAGGAGGUAUGUUUAAGUUAUCACGACCCCCCCCCAAUUUUGUUUUUCAUCUUUAAUGAUGAAAAUCUACUUUGUAACGUGUUUAAAAGGUUCUACAAAAGUAUGUAACGACAGAAGCUCAUUAUAGAGUGAAUAUUAUUUGUUGUGUUAACAAAGAUUGAGGUAUGUUAUUGUUUACAGAGUUAAAUUGAAAAUAUAUGGCUAUCGAUCUAUGUUUAUAAUUUUCAAAUGUAUAUCAUAUUUCAAGUAUUUUUCAAAGGUAAAAUGGGCAAUUUGAAAGUUGAAUUUGUGCAAAAUGAGGAUGCUUUGAAUGACAAAAUUAACAUUUCACUGGUUUGUUUGUAAACAUAAACAAUGUUUGAGCCUUGUUUACUGAACACACAGUUAAGGCUAACAUAUUGCCCUUAUCCUUGCAUUAAGAAGGUUCAAGUUUUGGUUGUCAACUUUAAAAAUUUUAUACAGUAGAAGUGGAAUUUUUAGCCAGACACAAAUUUUGCAAUUUCUCCAUAUAAAUGGGUACAGUGUAUAUAUAUUUAGCGAGAGAUAAUUUUAACGACUUUAUAAUUUCAGGUAAGGUAACUAUUACCUCCGAUAUGGAAUAAAUUGUUAGCGGUGUUUAAUUUUAGGGACCAUAUAACUUUCGCUAAUGCCAAAAUUAAAUCUCGCUAAAAUGUUUGAUUAUACGACAUAUUUAAUGUUUAACAUAUGAAAUGCCCCCCCCCCCAAAUCGCGAACCAGUCCCUUUACGUACUAAUUUUACAUAAAUAUGAUAUAUACAUAUUGUAUUGUGUUGUUUGUUUCUUCAUGUUUAUUGUAUAGCUAUUUUUGUAUAUACACAAGUCUCCUCGUAAUAACAAUGGAAGUAAAUCUGUGAUUGUCAAUAUACAAUGUGCAGUCAUUAUUAUUCAAAUAUUGUUUAAUAGAUGAACGACACCGGAAAAUUCAGGAAAUCAUGGUUUUCUACCUAGAUAACAUCUAUACUAUUACAUACUGCAUGUAAUUAUGGAAUUCGAUUUUUUUGUGUGUUUUAGGGCCGACUAAUCGGGAGAGAGCUGUCUUUUGCUUGUAAUAUAAUGAACAUUGUACUUGAUUGACGUUUUCUUAUUGGAACCUCUUUAUAGCUCACCUGAGCCGAAGGAUCAAGUGAGCUUUUCUGAUCAAAAUUUGUCGGUUGUCUGUCGUCGUUGUUGUAAACUUUUCACAUUUUCAUCUUCUCAAGAACCACGAGGCCAAUUUUAAUCAAAUUUGGCCAAAUGCAUCUUUGGGUAAAGGGCUUUCAAGUUUAUUCAAAUGCAGGGUCAUUCAAAGAGGAGAUAAUUACGAAAAUGCAAAAAUAGGGUGGGGUCAUUUAAAAAUCUUCUUCUCAAGAACCACAGGGCCAGAGAAGCUGAAAUUUAUAUGAAAGCUUCCUUACAUAGUGAAGAUUCAAGUUUAUUCAAGUCAUGGCUCCCAGGGUUAGAUUGGGGCCACAAUAGGGGAAUAAAGUUUUACCUAGAAAUAUAUAGGGAAAAUCUUUAAAAAUCUCAAGCACCAAUGAGCCAGAAGAGCUGAAAUUUAUGUGAAAGCUUCCUUACAUAGUGCAAAUUCAAGUUUAUUCAAGUCAUGGCUCCCAGGGUUAGAUUGGGGCCACAAUAGGGGAAUAAAGUUUUACCUAGAAAUAUAUAGGGAAAAUCUUUAAAAAUCUUCUUCUCAAGCACCAAUGAGCCAGAAGAGCUGAAAUUUAUGUGAAAGCUUCCUUACAUAGUGCAAAUUCAAGUUUGUUCAAAUCAUGCCACCGGGGUAGAUUGGGGCCAUAAUAGGGGAUCAAAGUUUUACCUAGAAAUAUAUAGGGAAAAUCUUUAAAUUCAUUCAAAGAGGAGAUAAUUACGAAAAUGCAAAAAUAGGGUGGGGUCAUUUAAAAAUCUUCUUCUCAAGAACCACAGGGCCAGAGAAGCUGAAAUUUAUAUGAAAGCUUCCUGACAUAGUGAAGAUUCAAGUUUAUUCAAGUCAUGGCUCCCAGGGUUAGAUUGGGGCCACAAUAGGGGAAUAAAGUUUUACCUAGAAAUAUAUAGGGAAAAUCUUUAAAAAUCUUCUUCUCAAGCACCAAUGAGCCAGAAGAGCUGAAAUUUAUGUGAAAGCUUCCUUACAUAGUGCAAAUUCAAGUUUGUUCAAAUCAUGCCACCGGGGUAGAUUGGGGCCAUAAUAGGGGAUCAAAGUUUUACCUAGAAAUAUAUAGGGAAAAUCUUUAAAAAUCUUCUUCUCAAGAGCCAAUGAGCCAGAAGAGCUGAGAUUUACAUGAAAGCUUCCUGACAUAGUGCAGAUUCCAAUUUGUUCAAAUCAUGGCCCCUGGGGGUAGGUUGGGGCCACAAUAAGGGAUCAAAGUUUUACAUGGGAAAUUGGGAAUAAAUAGAACAAAUCUUUAAAAAUCAUCCUCUCAAGAACCAAGGAGCAGGAGGAGCUGAGAUUUACAUGAAAGCUUCCUGGCAUAGUGCAUAUUCAAGUUUGUAAAAAUCAUAGCCUCCAGGGGUAGGUUGGUGCCACAAUACGGACUAAGGUUUUACAUGCAAAUAUAUAUGGAAAGUCUUCAGAUAUGGGUCAUGGUAACUCAGGGGAGCAAUGUGGCCCUUGGGCCUCUUGUUCGUCUAUUGUGUUUAAUUAGUUAAUAAAUCGAUGAAAAUGUCAAAGCUAUUCGGAAAUUUUAACCGAGAUAACUCUAAUUUUGCAAUCAGUGCAUGUGCAUUGGUGGGAGGAGAGAGAGAGAGAGAGAGAGAGAGAGAGAGAGAGAGAGAGAGAGAGAGAGAGUUUGUUUUUAUCUUUGCUAAGAUAUAUGCAUGUUCGAAUUGAGAAUUACAAUGAGUGUACAUGUACUUUGUUCAAUCCUGUGUGUUUAUUCAUCAUAUAGUAUUUGUUUAUAACGUAAGAAAUAUACCUAUCAAAAUGA